CCUCUUUCGGCCAUGGGCGAUGCCUGUUCAAGGAUGGACCUCACAGCCAUCCAUCAAAUUUUGUUAAUGACACACUACAAAGAUGAUGAAGGAACCAAUGAGUUGUCUUUCCAAGAAUGGACUCAGCAAAUGAAGGAUAUGUUGGAGGCGCGAAAGCGUGGGGACUUAGCAUUUCGUGACAAAGAUUUUAGAUCAGCAAUGGACUCACUCUCAGGCUGGAUUAGCUCUUGGAGAGUUGCGAAAGGAAAAUAAUUUCCUAAGAAUCCUUUGGCCAGUAACUAAUCCACCUUCAAGUCAAGAACAUCUUUUACAUCCUCAACUUUUACAGAAGCCUCUCCGCCCAUUCCUUGCUCGAAGGUAUUUUGAUGAUGUAGGAGUGUAAAACGUGAUUCCAUUAAGGACGUCUUGUCCUUUUUGUAAUAUGUUGUAGAUUAUGAAUAUAUAGUGGGAAUGUGGAAUGAAAUUAUAGUGGGAA